AUGCUAAUAAUCAAUGAAUUGAUGCCAACGACUGUUGUGGACAUCAAUGCUGUGUCGGUGGCGAAGAAGCGAAGAUCAAAAGGGAUGCCGUCAGCGGUGAUCGCAAUGCAAAGCCCGCAAGAGAUGGCAUCGAAACCAAAUGACAGUCAACUUAUUAUUGACGCCAAUUGUGAGGAUGUGUUUAGUGACGAACAGCCGGUGAUAAUCAGGUGCGGCGGUUGCGGCCAUAAGAUCUGCGACCGAUACUACUUGUUAACAGUGGACAGACAGUGGCACUGCCGGUGUCUCAAGUGUUCCCAAUGUGGCCAACAAUUGGAGAGUCAAUUGACGUGUUUCUCACGCCAUGGACUCAUCUACUGUCGACAGGACUACAAUCGGCUGUUUCUGUGGCAGACGUGUGUCCGCUGUCGCCAAUCCAUACAACCCAAGCAACUGGUGAUGAGGAUCAGCGCCGAUGUGGACAUCGACGGCCACAACACCAGCCAUUACUAUCACGUCGACUGUUUUACGUGCGUUACGUGCGAUCAGCCGCUUAGGAAAGGCGACCAUUUCGGUCGACAUAACAAUUACAUUUAUUGUCGCUAUCAUUACCAGCAGUUGAUUGAUGACAGUGUUGUGGUCACCGGUGCCGACCAUACGGACCACACCGACCAUCGGUCGGUCAACUGUGCGCUCAAUCAAACCGAUUUGUGUGACGAUAAGAAAUCGUUGAAAUCGUUGAACGAUUCUUAUCAUCAAAAGACAAAAGUUUAUAAAAAACGAAAAACAAAGUUAACCCAAAAGUUCAUCGAUAAA